AUGUUUGUGUGUAAAAAUAUUGUGUCCCGAACGACUGUAGCGAGAAGAAUUUUAUUCAAUAAUAGUGUUAAUAGAAGCUUACUUCCAAAACAUCAACAUUGUUGCAGUCUAUCAGUCUAUCUACAAACUAAACAUGUCUUCAAAGAUACAUCAAGAACUAGCACAUUUGUAUUGCCCUUGUCACCUCUACAUAGAAAGUGGUAUUCAAAAGGAUUAAUACACAGUGAUGUCAACGACCUAAAUGUUGUGCAUGGCAAAGAUGUAAAGAAAAUCACAGAUAUCUUUCCGUUACCUCGUGUUACACUAAACAAUUUCACAGCUAAAACACCUAGUAAAGUAUUUGAUAUACAUUAUAAACAAAACACAGUUGCGCCUAGAGGACGGAAGAAACCGACACAACAAAACGACUGGACCUGUUCUUAUGUAUUUGUUUGGCCUGAAAAGAUGAAAUUUGAAUGCACAGCAUUAUCAAAACGGCAAGCUGCAGAGAAAGCAGCUACACAAGCUGUCCACUGGUUAUUCAUCAACCGGAGAAUAAACAGUAAAGGAGAGCCUAUAUAUGACAAGAAUGUUCUAGAAGAAAUAAAAACCACCUUGAAUGAGCCCAUACGGUUAUCUAUAAGUGAUAAGGCCAAAGAACGAAUCGAGAAGAUAUGGAAGGAAUAUCAGGAUGGGAUAAAGGACAUCUACGAUACAACGUUCAAGGAAUCCAAACAUAAAGUGAUACAUUCACCAGCUGUGUUAACAAAAGAUUCCACUAUUGAUGAAGAUGAUUUUUCUGAAAAUGAAGAUGAAUUAGACAGACAAGAAGAUACUUCAGAAAUAAAACAGCGCGUUCAUCCCGUAUACGGACGAAACGUAAACCCACCGACUAAGGCAGCACUUGAAAGAAGAGACCGCGCAUUGAAAAAGAAGUUCCAAGCUUAUGAUGAAGAAUUAACGCCUCUUCCUAUAGAUGAGUACAGAGAAAAAAUAAUCUCAACUCUCGAAGAAUGUAGAGUAGCGGUGAUAGUAGGUGCGGCAGGCUGCGGUAAAUCCACUCGUGCGCCUGCGGCAAUACUGAGGCAUUGUGGCGCGCAGACGACGGCCAUCGUUUCAGAACCGAGACGGGUAGCGGCUAUAGGGUUGGCCGAGAGAGUCGCUAGCGAGUUGGGGGAAGAGGUAGGACUCACUGUGGGUUAUCAAGUGAGGCUCCAUGCCAAGCCACCGAAGCCUCCCUGUGGUUCAAUACUGUACUGCACUUCUGGUGUUCUGUUAAGAAGAUUACAGACAAAUCCUGGACUGGAAGGCUGCUCCCACGUCAUCAUAGAUGAGGCUCAUGAGCGUGACGUCAACACUGAUGUCACUCUACUUCUGCUUAAAAAAGCACUAAACAUUAAUCCAGAUUUAAAGAUACUUAUUAUGAGCGCUACUUUAGACACAGGAGUGUUCACAAGAUACUUCGACCAAUGCCCUGUAAUAGAUGUACCGGGGCGAACGUUUCCAGUAGAAAUAUCACACCUGGAAGAUAUUCAAAAGAAAUAUGCUUUGAAAUUGUCGAAUACUCUAAAAAGUUGUCAGAAACAAGAUAGCCGACCACAAAUCUACUGUCAAGAGGUAGCUGAUGUAAUACAAGCUGUCGACAAGAAUGAAAAGGAAGGUGCAAUAUUGGUGUUCCUCCCCGGAUGGUCAGAGAUCAAACAGACCAAGCAGAUAUUGGACGAGCUCUACAGCCAGUCUGGUGUACAUAUGAUAUUGCCUGUACAUUCAAGAUUAUCAACGGAGGACCAAUCAAGAAUGUUCUCAGUUCCACCUCCAGGUAUACGUAAGAUAGUUCUCGCUACGAAUGUAGCAGAAACAUCGAUUACGAUACCCGAUGUCGUCUACGUCGUAGAUACCGGCAGUCAUAAGGAGAACAGGAUCAUGGAACGUACAGGCACUGCAAGUUUAGAAACAGUUUGGGUAUCGAUCGCAGGUGCCAAGCAGAGAACUGGUCGAGCUGGAAGAGUACAACCUGGUCACUGUUACAGAAUGUAUACCAAAGAGAAAGAAGCCGAAUUCAUUCCACACACCACACCUGAAAUAUUAAGAAUACCUUUAGAACAAACGGUACUGGACUGCAAGUCAUACGCCCCAGAUGAAAGUGUAGCGGAGUUCCUCUCGCAGCUGCCGGAACCACCAAGCGAUAAGGCGAUCAAGCUUGCUGUUAGCGACCUUAAAGAAAUCGGUGCGCUAACACCUCAGGAACAGCUAACCCGCCUCGGAGGUCUACUUUCGUCGUUAACGCUACACCCCCGCAUAGGCCUCAGCCUGGUCCACUCGGCUGUGCUCGGCAACGUGGUGGCCGCCAGCACCACGGCCGCGCACUGCUCCUCCAACACGGAACUGUUCCUGAACGCCGCCGACAGACGGGAAGAAAUUCGGGAAAUCAAACGCAAGUAUAGUUCAACUUCGGACUACUGGGCGUUGUACACCAUACAAGAAGAUUGGAUGUCGCUGAUGCAGGAGCAAGGGCGGACGGCCAGUGACGAGUACUGCUCGAGGUACUCGCUGAGAGGAGACAGGCUCGCUUAUAUACGUUCUCUCUCAAACCUUCAUUUGGAACAGCUCCUUAAAUCCAGUAUGAUAGCUCCUACGACCGAAGCCGAAGAAUUGAACCGUUUCUCAGAUAUUGAAGAGCUGAUGUGUGGCGUUCUCUUGUCAGGAGCGGACUCCCUCCUCGUUACUAACAGACAUAUCAAGACUAAAGGGAAAAUGAGUACUGUUACUGAUAUUUUCACAAGUACUGGUGACCGAGCCCAUAUUGGAAGCGAAAGUGUGAACCACAACAUCACUAAACGUAGCAUAAAGAGCCACUUGCUGGCGUACUUCGGCGGUCACCAUUCGGCCGAGAGACGAGCGCUGGUGGUGUACAAGAGCUCACUCAUACCGCCCCAAACCGCUCUCUUGUUCUGUCCCGGAGAUAUUAAAAUACACUCGGAUAACGCUAAAGACGAUGACAUCACGAUACUGACCAUACCUAAACACAGACUAAAAAUUCAUGUUCCUUCUAGUCAAGCAGAUCAUCUUCUUAAAGUGCGUGAGAUGCUGUGGAACACCUUUAAAUACUACAUCGAGAGGAAUAUAAAACAGCUGGAUUUUGAAGAACACACAAAGGUUUCUACAUUCAAAGUUAGUUUAAUCAAAACAGUGGGAAGAAUACUAGUCGAAGGUCAAAAGGAACUUCGUGAUGGAAGAACUGGCGAAAAGGAUUUCACGUAA